CAGCUGCACCGGGUUGUGCAAAUAAACUGGAUGUAACACGUUUGAAACAUUACACCAUCAACUUUUGGUCUCGAUUAUCAUAUUGUCUUAAUCUAUCGUCCGUGUCACUUCUGAUUGUCAUUAAUUGCUUCCGCUAUCAGAUAUAACACCAUGCAAUUUGUGUAUUUGUUUUACCUAUGAAAACAUGACAGAAACUGCUGAAUCAGUAUCAGAACAAAAAUCAUUCGAUCCAUUUAUUCCAUGGGGUUUUCCAAAUGAAUUAAAUUUAUGUAAAGCAGCACGUCAUGCUGAUAUAAAAGCUGUAAGCAAAUCUAUUGCAAAUGGAGUGAAUAUAAACUUUAUUGAUGGUUUUGGUAAAACAGCAUUACACUAUGCAGCCGCAAAUGGAAGUUAUGAAUCAGUGAAACUUCUUGUCGCUAAUAAAGCGAAUGUAAAUAUAUGGGAUUCCAAUGGAACUACACCAUUACAUAUGGCCGCUAAAGGAAAUCAUACAAGAGUGGUGAAAUUCUUACUUAUGUCUGGGGCAGAUAUUAAUCAUCAAUGUAUUAGUGGCGUCAAACCAAUCGACUUAGCAAUUUACAAUUCCGAAACUUGGAAAGUUUUAUUGGACGCUGCAAACGGUGAUCUACCUAAAAUUGAACAUUUAAUACAAACACGUACAGUUCCUCUAAUUCCCCAAUUUACAAUACAACGAGAAAUUGAUAAACAAGCUAAGGUGAAUGAAAAGAAAGGUGGAACGAAGAAAAGUGGAAAGAAGAGUGGGAAAAAAAGUGGUAAAGGCAAAAAGAAGAAAUGAUCAAUUUGCCCAAGAUUAUGUGAAAAUUUAAAGUACUUCUACUGUCUUGUUUACAUUCAUACAUACAUUAUAUACCUGUACAAUAUGGUAUACAUAUUAAUAAAAUCUAUUAUUACUAAUUUAUCAUUUGAGCACUAAAUAAAGUAGAAAAGAAAGCAAUCAAGUCAUGAAUGACAGAUGGAAGAUGGAAAGAUAAUGAGUACAUAAAGGUGAAGAAUUACUCUCACGCUUACAAUUGUUAUUACGAUCAUUUAUUGUAAAAAUAUUCUAAUAUAAAAA